AUGUUUUGCGGGGUCCCUGGUUGCCUCGAGCCUCAGCCGACAGGAAAUGUGAGAACUACGGGCAGACCAUCUCGACACAUCGAAAACAAGGACUUUCUUGUCGCGCGGAGCUCGGUCUGGAACCAGUGCCUUGGGGCACCACGCACGACAGAGCAAAGCACCACUGGCGAAGGCAGCGUUGACUGUUGGGUUUGUGCUUCUGCUUCUCUUCGUGUUCUUCAAGCUUUGGAGGCGGCAUGCCGCGCGAGAGCUGGCUCCCGGCGACAUGCAGUUGUCCAGCCUUUCUGA